AUGUCCUUGACAAACGAGCAGAUCUGGGCUCCGAGCCCCUCCACGGAACGAGGUUUACCAACUCAGCUGUCAUCCGAUCCGAAAGGCGAGAAAUUAGCAUAUGCGUCCAAUAAAUCCAUAUUCAUCCGCUCAAUUGACGACCCAGCAACUGCCAGGCAAUAUACUGAACACACCGCGCAAGCUACCGUCGCACGCUUCUCGCCCUCGGGUUUCUAUGUUGCUAGUGGAGAUGCGACAGGUACCGUCAAGGUUUGGGACUGCGUAGGAGAAGGCCUUACAAAAGGUAGCUACCAGAUUAUUAACGGGCGAAUCAAUGAUAUUGCAUGGGACGGUGAUUCUCAGCGCAUCGUUGCCGUAGGAGAUGGACGACAGAGAUACGGUCACUUCUUCACCUGGGAUAGUGGAAAUACUGUGGGUGAAAUCUACGGUCAUACGCGGGCCAUCAAUUCCGUCUCCAUUCGACAGCAGCGCCCGUUGAGAGCGGCAGCGGCCGGAGAUGACACGAGCCUUGUAUUUUACCAUGGUGCGCCCUUCAAGUUCAAUACUGCAGUCAGGGGCAAGCACAACAAGUUUAUAUACGGCACCGCUUUCAGCCCCGACGGUUCUCAACUAGUGAGUGUGGGAGCCGACAGUCGCAUAUGGUUAUAUGAUGGCAAGACUGGCGAGCCAACAGCAUCAAUCGGAGAGACUGAACACAAGGGUAGUAUUUUUGGAGUAUCAUGGUCCAAGGACUCUCGUAAGUUUGCAACAGCUAGUGCCGACAGGACCGUGAAGCUGUGGGACGUUGAGGCUGGCAAGGUCACUCAAACUUGGACUUUGAACGAUGAAGGCUCUGUCAGUUACUUGAAUCAACAAGUUGGUGUCGUUAUUCCUUCAGGGCGGACUGAUGGUCUUGUCAUUAGUUUAUCUUUGAGUGGAAACCUGAACUACCUGGUGGAGGGAUCUCCCGAUCCCCGACAAGUUCUCAAGAGCCACCAAAAAAGCAUUACAGCACUUACAAAAUUCAGUCCAGAUGAUGGCCAAGAGACUCUUUGGACUGGAAGUUCCGACGGCCGAGUUUGCAGCUGGGAUGUGACCAAGGGAGUCGCGGAUACGAUCGACGGAGAAAAUCAUACAAAUUAUAUUGCCGGUUUGACGAGCUCCCAGGAGGGCAAGGGUAGGAUCUACAGUGUUGGCUGGGACGAUACUCUAAGAUCCGCAGACGUUGCGGCAAACACAUUCACAGGAAUAUCGACCAAAUUGUCCGCUCAGCCAAAGGGUGUCGCCACUGCCGGAAAGCUCGUUCUGGUUGCAGGUUCGGAGCAGAUUGACAUCUACCAAGACAGCAACAAGACCGGCACAUUCAAAGCACCAGCUGAUAUCACCGCAAUAGCCGCUCAUGAAAAUUCUGUUGCAUUUAGCGGCGCAGAUUUGAAUACACGGGUUGGAACAGUCACCUCAUCGUCGAUCUCAGUCUCUCCUCAGGUACAGAUCAAGAAGCUGCGUAGUCAAAUUUCAGCGCUAUCUUUCUCCCCAGAUGGCACUCUGUUAGCUGUUGGCGACUCGACGGGUAAGAUCUUUGUGUUCAAGACAGCAGAUGGAAGCUUGGUCACUGAUCGCUGGAGUUCUCACACUUCCCGAAUAACAUCUCUUGCGUGGAAUAGCAAGGGUACUCAUCUUGUCAGCGGAGCACUGGAUACUCACAUCUACAUUUGGAGCUUGGCAAGACCUGGAGACUGGAUUGAGGCUAAAAAUGUGCAUAAAGAAGGUGUGACUGGCGUUGCUUGGAUUGCGAAUGAGUCCAAAAUUGCUUCAGCAGGAACUGAUGCAGUGAUCAAGAUCUGGAGGGUUGGGAGUCUGCCUUAG